AUGCGGCGAGAGCUGUUUCUCCACAUUGUUCACGCGUUGGAGGCGCGCGACGAAUACUUCAAGUGGCGGGAAGAUGCGGCCCACAAAAAGGGUCCAUCCCCGCUGACGAAGUGCACGGUUGCGCUUCGUCAGUUGGCAUACGACACUACGGCGGACAUGUUCGACGAGUAUCUUCACGUUGGGGAUACAACUGACCGGGAGUGUGCGUGGAGAGGCCAAUUCACCAGUGGGUAUAAGGGUACCCACCCGACGAUGAUCCUUGAAGCAAUCAUUGACCAUAGUCUUUGGAUUUGGCAUGCUCACUUUGGUGUGGCGGUGUCCAACAACGACAUCAAUGUGCUGAACUCGUCCAGUCUCUUCACCGAGCAAUGCAAUGGCAACGGUCCGGUUAUCAGCUUCACUGCCAACGGACGACAGCAUCAUAUGGGGCAUCAUAUCGCCAAUGUCAUGUACGCGUGCAUCAUCUUGCACAACAUGAUUAUUCACGAUGAAGGUCGUGCAGCUAGCCAGUGGUCCGACAAUGAAGCCGCUCCGACCGCAGGUCAUGCAGCCCCGUCGGUCGUUCGAGGUUUAUCCUAUGGACUCAGCGAGAGAUUACAAGCUCAGGAGAGCAUGCACAACCAACAAGCUCAUCUUGAUCUUAUGAAUGACAUGAUUGAAGAAGUUUGGACAUGUAGUGGUCGUUGA